CAAAUUAUGCAGUGAUCGGUGAACUCCAAGUGAACUUCGUGUUAUUGCCCUGUUUAUUUCUAAGUUCCAAAGUUUAAAGUCUACGAAUUAAUUUAGUUUAUAUUUAUUUUACAAUGGCGCUCUCGAAACCUAUUAUGAAUCUUGUGGCUUCUUACUUGCAAAAUCUGUAUUUACAUCCAGUAAGAACGAAAUCCAUAACCAGUUGUGUCGUCGGAACCGCUGGUAGCAUAGCCUCACAAGUUGUGGCCGGAGAUUCUUUGAAGUUGGACCCUAUUUUGGCAUUCGGUUUAUAUGGGCUGCUAUUUGGAGGCUCAAUACCACAUUACUUUUAUGAGUUCCUUGAUAGACUCUUCCCCUACCGAACAACUGCUUUUCCAUUGGCAAAGAAAUUGUUAUUUGAGAGGCUGAUAUUUGCACCAUUUAUGCAGGCAUUCUCACUAUACACAUUGGCACGUUUGGAAGGCAAGAAUCACAGGGCUGCUAUGAAACAGCUCAUAUCUUUGUACCAAACUGUUCUUGAGGCCAAUUGGAAGUGGUUAACAUUGUUCCAAGUAGUGAAUCUAGCAUUUGUGCCACCCAUGCUACGAGUUCUCUUUAUGAAUCUUGUUGGAUUUGGCUGGGCAAUGUAUGUUGCAUCGAAAAGAAGACAAAACCAAAAUAAGAAUUAAAAGAAUUUAGCAAUAUAAGUGACGGUUAUAAUACAACAUUCUGUAUCAUAUAUUGUAAAUUUUGUUAGGAACUAAAAUUAAUAAUAUCUUAGAU